AUGCCGCUUACCAGCCCUGUCGACUUUCUAGCUCGCAAGUUUGACUAUCUUAUCGUUGGUGGCGGAACCGCGGGCCUCGUCGUCGCCGCCCGUCUCUCCGAAAACCCCGCGUUGACGGUCGGCGUACUAGAGGCCGGUCCGGUAGCCCUCGGUGUUGAAACAAUCGAUAUCCCUGGACUAUACGGCCAAACAUUGGGUACAGACUAUGACUGGAAAUUCGAGACAAUUCCGCAGCCGGGACUAGAUGGGCGGACACUGGCCUGGCCCAGGGGCAAGGUUCUUGGUGGAACAAGCGCCCUGAACUUCAUGACCUGGAACCGAGCCAGUCGUGAGGAUCAUGACGCAUGGCGAGAUCUAGGCAAUAAAGGUUGGGGGUGGGACGAUCUGCUGCCAUACUUCAAGAAGACCGAGAACUUCCACACUCCCGAGGAAUUUAAUCAGAAGGCAAAUUCUCUCUACUACGACAAGCAAGCCGUGGGCGAGUCAGGUCCAAUUCAGGUAGGGUCAUAUUCCACCACAACGUACUGUCUACCGAACGCAUCACGACCGAAUCUUCUCGUUCUGACAGAGGCCUGUGUGACUGAAAUCGUUUUGGAGAAAGAUGAUGGGGAAUGGACUGCGAAGGGUGUUCGGUUCCAGCGUGACGGGUCAUCAUUUUUCGCAGCUGCCUCUCGUGAAGUUAUCAUUUCAGCUGGAAGUGUCCAAUCGCCGCAGAUACUUGAGCUAUCUGGGAUCGGUAACCCAGACAUUCUCAGCAAGGCGAGAAUUUCCGUCAAAGUCAGUAACCCAAACGUUGGUGAAAAUUUACAAGAUCAUAUUAUGGCUGCUUUGAUCUUCGAAGUAGACUCAACCCUUUCUACCCCCGACGACCUUAAACAGCAUAAGGCCGCAGCAGACGCAGCCCGCCACCAGUUCAGAGCUUCUCGUACUGGGCCGCUAACAAUCCUCCCAAACUCAAUAUGUUAUCUCCCCUUCUCUCAUUUUGUCCCUUCCCAUCAACUGCGUGCUCUUUCAGAAGAGGCUGGCUCCAUAACCACCAUUCCUGAUCUAGAGCGUGCCAUACGUCAAGACCGCUUAGCUCCUUCUUCCGCAGCCAAGCUUGGCCAAAUCGAGUACAUCUUCGACCUUGGCAACUGGAAUCCUUUUUUCCAGCCUCCCCCUUCAUCGUAUAAGAAAUACGCAACCUGUCUUCAAAUCCUGCAAUAUCCUUUCUCCAAGGGCUCCAUUCACAUCAGCUCCAACAAUAUCGCCGACAAGCCUAUGAUAGAUCCUCAGUACUAUGGAGGCACUCAUGGCGGGCCCAUAGACCUGUCGUUGAUGGUCCAUGCAGCACGUUUCGCGGCGUACCGCAUUGCGCAGGCUUUACCUCUCGCUGGAAUCAUCCGUCGGCGUGUAUUCCCUCCUCAGGUGCCAGUCGAGGAUGAGGACGAGUCGUUCUGGCGUGACUGGUUGACACAAACAACUAUCACAGACUGGCAUCCGGUGGGAACGUGCGCUAUGGGUGGGCGGAUAGGUAUGAACCCAGCUGGGGGCGGAGUGGUGGAUGACAGAUUGCGGGUCUAUGGGACCAAGGGCCUUCGGGUGGUAGAUGCAAGCGUGAUGCCACUACAGAUCAGCGCGCAUUUGCAAGCGACGGUAUAUGCAAUUGGCGAAAAGGGAGCAGCAAUGAUACUGGAAGAUGCACAGUUUGAGAAUGAGUAG